AUGAGUUCGUUAGAAAUAAAAGCGCACUCCCCAAUUGACAAGGUGCAAGAAGCACCACCUAAAACCGCAGAAAGUAGCAAACCUCAUUGCUCAAAUAACAAGGCACCUGAUAUGCCGCUUAUAACAUUGGAAGAGUUAGGCAAGGGAGUAAAGGCAUUUACUCAACUUGCAAAAACGCAAGGAACCCCAGACAAAGUCAAAAAAGGACGAAGGGUCUCCUUGAUUCAUGGCUAUAAAUCCCCCAGAGUCAAAAAAGGAGACAGGAAUAUACCUACGAUCAUCACUCCUCAAGACAUUCCUACCAUGAUUACUCCAUUGACCAAAGAAGUGGAAGAAUUGGAAGAAAUGGACGAUACAGAGUCUAUCUCCACACUGACUCGUGCAGACCAUGAUAAUGAAGUUGUCAUAACCUCCCCUGAACGGCCUCUCCAAACAACAACAAUGGAAAGUAACACCAAGACCGCUGAACAAUUUCCUGCUUUAAAGUCUCCAACUCUGACAAACUCUGCCAAGAGGAAAAGAUCCUCAAAAGAUUCUUUAAGUCCUGGCCCGUCAGCAUUUUUAACGGGGUAUAAACCUCCUAGCUGCCCGACUCCUCAAGAUCAACCCCAAGCUCCCAAGAUAUCAGAUCCAAGCUCUACACAAACAGCUGGAAAUGACAAGAACAAAGAGGAAUUCCACACUUACAUGUUACCAGAGAACAAACUACUACAAGUAGUCAUCCGUGGAAUUCCCUCCGAAAUCGACAUCAAGGAGGUGGAAGAAGAAUUGAAGUCCCUCGGCUACACACUGUCGGGCAUUACCAGGAUGAAAAAAGCACAAGCUUUUCCCAACAAAAAUAUUACGAUGGAAACUUUUAAUUUCUUCGAAAAUCUUGACGAAUCCGCAUCUGCGGGUAAAAAUUUCCCCACACUAGACCUAGUCUCUGACGAAGCGAAUAAAGCAUUCGCGAAAUCUAGCAUGUUACAAAGAUCCCCACAAGGGGACAAAACUCAGCAAAAACACAGAAAACCAAAAUCAAAAUCAAAAGACAGAGACAAAAAGGAAAAAGACCAACAAAGAAGGAAAACGAUCACGGAAAUUCCUGUAACAGUAACUAAGGUGUCCCCGCGGGUGGAAAGCGCUAUUACCAGCCUGGCCACUGCGGCAAACCAUCCCCAACCCGCCUCAAAAGAAAUAGGCACAGGCUUUGACAUAAAAUAUUGCCUACUAGAACAACAAAACGACAAAUUAAACAAAGAGAACGAAAGGCUGACAAAACUGGUGGAAACGUUAUCAGCACAGAUAACCGACCAGUCUCAAAUGCUGAAAGACCAGUCCAAACAGAUAGCAAACUUACAGACACAGAUGGAGACCCUUAUUCAAUCCAUGCCAGGCCAAGAAGCCAAUCAAUCCAAUAUCAUGGAAACAGAUGAAGAGACCUCACAUACAAGCUGA